AUGAGCCCAACUCAUGACCUCCGCAAAGUGACAAGAUGGCUAGGAAGUCCCAUCGUUCAUAUCCUCGUAGGCUCCUCAUCCCAAGAGUUCGCCGUCCAUAAAGAUCUCAUAUGUUUCACCUCCCCCUAUUUCCGGGCCGUUUUCACAUCUGGAUUCCAAGAGACAAACACAGGGACCAUUGAACUGCCCGAAACGGAUACGAAAAUCUUUGAUUUAUUCAUGGGCUGGUUGUAUACUCGGGAACUUAGCAGCGCGAGCCUAGAAAUUGAAGAGUGGGAGACAGAAGCAGAGCGAAAUGUAGUGGCGGAGAGUACGUUAGGUAUUGGAGAUCCCAUCGAAAUGAAUGAAAAGAAAGAUUACUCUGGAGACUCAUUAAGUAACGAGAAAGUUAAGAGAAAGAUCCAAGCACUUAUCAACACUCUCGAAAACGAAACGUGGAAAGGCGAGGCGGAGACACUUUCCGAAGAUGCGGUCGGAGAAGAUUUCCUCGACAUUCUCGCUGCGCAAAUUGACAAGAAAGUCAACAAUGAGAUUCACAUGUCCAUGAGAAAAAUACUGAAACUCUAUGUUUUCGCAGAUAUGGUUCAGAUACCCGCUCUUAAGAAUUGCUGUAUCAUAAAGUACGAUGAGUUUCAUAGAAGUAUCAAAAAGCGAUGUGAUAGUCAUGAUCAUGAUGAUUUCGAAAUGACUCUCGAAUCGAUCUCAUACGCGUGGGAAAAUACCAGGGGUUCGGAUUUGAUCAGGGUGUAUUUACUUGAUUCGGUGUCGUGGAGAUCAGAACCGAGUAUUCGGGAUGGAGUUAUUAGGAAGAGGCAUCGUGGUGGUUCAGUAGAUGAUUUGAAGAGAUACUUCGAGAGGGUGGAUGAAGAUUUCGAUUCUUAA